GGUAACCAGCAAGAGAUUACGGUAAAUCACAACAGGGACCGUAGUGCUGCCUGCAUCGGCUCCUACAGCACAGUAAAGUUACUGCUUCUCCCUGACAGUCGAGCAGGGGAGCAUUAUUCACCCAGGAAGAGGGUGGUAUCAUAAAAUCAGCACUCAGCCACCCUUAGCCAUUGGGACAGAGGGAAUUCAUGUAAUUGUGAGUCAUCAAAAUAUACUACAGGGGGGUGGAAGGAGGAUGCUGAUUUAUUUAUUUCAUUGUUGUUAUUUGCAAGCAAAGUAUCCCACUGUGCUAUUCGGAUGACUGCCUUUGAUUCGUCCCCUUUUAACCAGCCUGCAACAGGAGGCUUUCAGGAGCCUAGAGGAGGAAACAGCUCAUCUGUCAAGCAGAAGAGCACAGACCACCAUCUCCUCCGAGUUCCUAGCAGGUCUAUAACCAUUGUUUGUUAAAAGGAUUAUAUGCUGGGUCAAGUUGUCACAACUUUACAAUUAUUACAGCUUCUUUGGCAACUUGAGGUCAUAAAGCUAGUCAUGGAUGAAAAGACUAGAUGUUGAGAAGUGUCAACCAGAGUGACAGACAGCAAUUUUUCUUUCACCUGGGAAGAUUUUUCGAAGUCAAAUAUGAAGAAGACAUAAGAAAGAGCAAAUAAUACUCUGCUAUUAUUUGUGCUGUGUCUUUCCAUGAAGAACUUCUAGACAGUCUGGAAGCUGAUGGCCUUUCUACAUCUGCAACUUUCCUUGCUUAGUAACAAAAAGCAUCUUGUGGCUCAAUGGGUAUUAUUUUAAAAACUAAAAAAGAAACUAAGAAAGAGGUCUUUAGCUCAGUUUUAAUAUGGUUUCAUCAACAAACAUCCAGCAAGGUGUGUUAAACUUCAAAGAGACUAUUUUAAAGAGAACCAUUAUAAUUGCUUUGGAAUUAUUUAUGAAACAAGAAACGCCUAUGUUUUUCCUGGGAGCAAAUGAAAAAGAAGAAAUGUGGAUUUUCAAAUAUGUUCAUUAGGCUAGGGUUUUGCUCUCUCCUCUGCAUUUAUAAAGCCAGACUAGUAUUUCCAAUUAGUUUCUAUCUACAAUGUGGAAAUAAAGCUUCUCAUAACACUACCAAAUAUUUGCUCUUGGCUCUUUCAAAGAGAGAGAAGAGAGAAUCACAAACACCCUGGAUGAACAUUAACCAGUUUUGAUAAUGGGACUGACCUCUGAGAACAUCUCUGCCCCUGACUGCUUCAAUUGCACCCAGACUGUGGAGCAAGUAAAUAUUUUUAAGGCCAUAUUAUUAGGUGUCAUCUUUGGAGGGCUGAUAGUUUUUGGGGUCCUGGGCAACAUUGUGGUCAUCCUUUCCGUAGCCUGUCAUAAACAUCUGCAAAGCGUAACCCAUUACUACAUUAUCAACUUGGCUGUGGCUGAUCUCCUCUUGACUUCUAUUGUUCUCCCCUUUUCUGCUAUUUUUGACAUCCUGGGCUACUGGGUUUUUGGGAGGAUCUUCUGCAACAUCUGGGCAGCCGUUGACGUUCUGUGCUGCACAGCUUCUAUCAUGAGCCUUUGUGUCAUCUCCAUAGACCGAUAUAUUGGAGUGAGCUACCCACUGAGAUACCCAGCAAUAGUGACUGAAAAAAGAGGUCUCUUGGCUCUCCUGUGUGUGUGGGCAUUGUCGCUUGUGAUAUCCAUAGGUCCUCUUUUUGGCUGGAGACAACCACCUCCAAAAGAUGAAACAAACUGCCAAAUCAACACUGACCCAAGUUAUGUAGUGUUUUCUGCUCUCGGGUCCUUCUAUCUGCCCCUGGUCAUCAUACUGGUGAUGUAUUGCCGGGUAUACGUGGUAGCCAAAAGGGAAAGCAAAGGAUUGUCAUGUGGCCUGAAGACUGAGAAGUCCCACUCAGAAGAAGUGACUCUUCGUAUCCACCGCAAGAACAACACUGAAACUGCCCCUACCACCAAGCAGAAAUCCAAUUUUUCCAUAAGGCUUCUAAAGUUCUCUCGGGAGAAGAAAGCAGCCAAAAGCUUGGGAAUAGUUGUGGGAUGUUUCAUCCUGUGUUGGCUUCCUUUCUUUUUAAUCAUGCCACUUGGUUCUUUCUUUCCUAACAGCAAGCCCUCCGAAACCAUUUUUAAAAUUGCCUUUUGGCUUGGCUAUCUAAACAGCUGCAUCAACCCCAUCAUUUACCCUUGUUCGAGUCAAGAGUUUAAAAAAGCAUUCCAAAAUGUCCUGAGAGCCCAGUGUCUCCGCAGGAAGUAUUCCUCCAACAAAUACUCCUUGAGCUUCACUCUCAAUCACCCAAGCAACCACAUUGCUGAAGCUCCCAAAGAUAUCGUACGUAUACCUGUUGGCUCUGGAGAACACUUCUAUAAAAUUUCCAAAUCGGAUGGCGUGUGUGAAUGGAAACUUGUUUCAGCCAUGCAAAGCAUGUCAACCAAGAGCAGUGCUCUGAAAGAGAGGUCCAGCUGUUCUAGGGCCAAAGUGAAAAGCAAAGGUUUCCUGAGAGAGUGCUGCUGUGCAAACACAUCAGGAGAAAACCCAAAGGACCAGCAAAUACCCACCAUUAAAAUACAUACUGUCUCCAUCAGUGAAAAUGGAGAAGAUGUUUGAGGACCUUCCGCCAUUUUGGUGGGAGUUCUCCAGUUUUACAGUGUGUUUUCGUGUUGGCGGUUUGAUCACAAAAGGUCCGCAUUUUCAGUGGGUCACAACAGGAAGGUCAAUAAAGUUCAAAUCAGGUCAAACUCUGUAGAGAUGGAAACCAUGGAAAGACUUCCAUCCAAGGCGAUUGCCGUCCCAUUGGAUUCUAUGGGAAGUAGAACUGGUGUCCCUUGGGACUGGACUCCUUCAAGUUAUUCAGAUUUGAUUUCUUACUCUUUUAAAGGUUUUGUUGUAUCUUGCUAUUUUAAUUCAAAUUAUCUAGCCCUUCUUUUUGUAAUGAUCAGUGGCGUAAAAACAUUCUUGCAAUAUAUCCCACAAUAGACAACCAUUAAUAUAUGUUCCAGCUUUCAUUGCAAGUGCUUUUUUUAAUUGUCAGCUUUUUUAUUGCAGAAUAACUCUGCAUUGUGAAGAUAAAUUUGACAAGGCUGCAGUGUAAGCUAAUAGAGAAAUUUGAGAGGGAGGGAUAUGACAUGAAGGUUUUUAACUUGACCCUCACCUUUUUAUUAAUGCAAUGAUUGUGGUCCUGUGAAAUUGUGAGUAGCAUAAAGACUCAAUUGACGCAAUGGGAGCUUAUAUCUAAGCCAUGACUUGAAUUUUUACUUUUUAAAGUUUGAAUAUAACUGUCUUUCCCCAACAGGCCUAGCUAUACUGCUGAGUUUUAUUGACUUAAGGCCAAUUUAAUUUAUGCCUUCCCAUCAAGAAUGCUGAGAAUUAUAAUGCAUUUUGAGCGUUCAAAAUUGUCUUUCUCUACCUUAGACUUAAUAGAGUAACUUUGGGAAAAGAGGAUUGUUAUUAAAUUUGUUAAUAUUUGUGGUAUAGUAGGGCACAGAGCUUUCUUUCAAUUGACUUUAGCUAGAUUAAAUUGCUUUCCUUGAGAUUACCAAACCAUACAUCAAUCCUCUACAAAUUAAAUGAAAUCACUGAUCUGCCAGUUACUUAUUUUCUAUCAGAUAUUUUCCUCAUGAGUAUACUAUUAAAAAAGGAAUGCAGUACUUUCUUGUUAAUCCAGAAUAUUUGAAUUUGGUUUAUAGUCCUAAAGACCUGAGCCAACCAGGAAAUCAUGGCAAUGCAAAGUUCUGAAUGUUUUCCAUUUAUGAAUGGAUCCCAGUACAAUAAAACCUGAUUGUCUUCUACUAGUUUCAGCACUGAAAAAUUAUCCUCAUUCAUAAAGAGUUGUAUAGAAAAUUCCUCAACACUCAGAUUAAUGAGAAAUCCUCAAUUUAUGUGAAACUCUUGGCAGGCUCAUGUGUUUAUAUUUCAUACGUUGUCUCCUAGAAAAUCAAGUGAUGAGCGAACAGGUAAUGGGGCCAUUAGAAAUUAAAACAAAGUGGAUUGGAUCUAGGCAAAUGUAGUAACAAAGUACAUUCAGAAGCCACGCAGGGGUGUCUUGGCUUCAGCUUAAAGUGUUGCUUAAACCCAGCCAUGGUUUAGGGAAAGGUAUGGGCCUAAUCACAUAAAUUCAUAAAAAGGGGAUUUAUUUUAACCAUUACUAACUUGGGAGCCACAGGUUUUGAUGGGAAGAAAGAAAAAAUAACAUGGCAAUUCUCACCAGCACUUUAAAACAAUAAUAUAUAGAUCAUUAAAACAGAGUUCAUCUAUACCAUUCCAGACAAGUGGCUGUCCAGUCUUUUUUCAAAAGCCUCCAGUGAUGGAGCACCCACAACUUCUAAAGUCAAGCAGUUCCACUGGUUAAUUGUUCUCACUGUCAGGAAGUUUCUCCUUAGUCCUACGUUGCUUUUCUCCUUGAUUAGGAUUUCUGGAUUAUUAGAACUUUAGGACAGUAUCAUUAAGUGACACGGGGUUGGGAAAUGCAAUCUAAACUAUUCCGAAUCCAGAAUAUUCCAUAUUCACAUAUACAUUCAGUUGCCAGGAUUAUUCAUGGAAAAAUAAAGUAUAGAUAAAUUGUCCCAUGUGUGUUAUCUGGGAACAUGCAAGACCAAGGCUUUUGUGUCCAUUUAAAGGCCUAUUAUUUGGGAUUGCUAAAUCAUUAUUAUUUUUUUCUGGUGACAUCAAUUUAUUAUUAAUUAAUGUUAAUCCAAGUUCUAAAGAAGUCAAAGAAUGUUCACAUUUCUCAGCAAUUUUCUGUUGCUAUAGUGUCAAAGGAUUACACAGAAUAAAUUACCCAAAAUAAUCACAAGUAUAAUAGAAAUUAGCCUACUGUUCUUUUUUGCUACAGCCCCACACUUCCCUUCUGCUGUAGGAUAUACGCCAAUUCUCAAGAGGAGAUUAAAUGGUACAAUUUUUUAAAAAAGGAGACGUCCUAUCCAUCAGAAGUAUCAAAUAAAAAGGAAGUUCAUAUAUUAAGUGUCUCUCUGGAAGUAGCUAUUGUAGAAAUUUCCCAGGACCAAACUGGAAUUGACUGAGUGGUAAUGUUCACAUGGGAUGUUUACCCUUGGAAUGUUACAUUCUUUUUUUUAGUUUUUUUUAUUUUUCAUUUAAUUUUCCUGCACGGUUCUUCUGUUUAUACUGAUGUCCUGAGAAUCAAGAAAAAAAUACUUAGAAUGUGGAUUAAAAAACCGCUGCUUUCUUUUGGAUCCUAGAUUUUCCAUUUUAUUUUAUUUUAUUUUUUCCACUCAGGUCAUUACAGAAUUGCCUGGUGCUACUAUUUUCAUGCUGGAAAGAUUUAGUAUAGAAUCUUCUUACUGUACACAUUUUUUCUUGCUUGCCUGCAGUGCUAAUUUGCUAGCAAGUGAGGUGGAAAUGCUUCUAGACUUUAUAAGACAGAAAAGCAAAAUGAUGGCUGUAGGUAUGGCUAUAGCCUAUGCGCCCUUACCUCUGCUUGCAAACAUUUAGUAAAAAAGGAGUCACUGCAGAUUUUACUCCACUAAUUAGUGCCGACUAUAGGAGGUGGUGCUCAUUUCCAUUUCAAGGACAUUGAGGCAGCAUUGUCCAAAGACAAUUUCCAUGGUCAUGUGGUCAGCAUUACUAUAGGUCAGGGAUAGGCAACCUUGGCUCUUUUAUGACUCCUG